AUGCCAGAUUUCUCGGCACCAGCCUUUUCCUCCGCGGGCCAACGCAAGUUUCGGCUCCAACUCCUCCUCGAUAACAAGGAAAAGCAACUACAGCAGGCUGGAACUCUCGGUCAGCGGGUUCUUGCACAGCAGAUAGAGCUCGAAGAGAAGAUAAGACAACUCCAAGAAUUUGAUGCAGAACGUGCAGAAGACGAGGAACUAGAUACUGACGCGCGCGAACGCUAUCGCGAGCUAGCAGAGACUAUUGCUGCUUGGGACGCAGAGAACGCCCAGCUAUCUAGUGCUUUUGGCCAAAAACGUCCUCCUACCCAGCAAUCAUCUCCGACCCUACCGAUCAACGAUCUUCCUCGAGAGGAGCCCGAACGCUCCAAAGCCUCAGCUUCAUCUGCUGCCCAGUCUCGUCGUGCCAAAAAUGCUGCCCAUCGAGCAGACGAUGUCGAAUUUGCGUUCGAGAUCGGAAGCGGACUGCUUACCGAAGUGCGACGGCUCCAGAGUCUUCUCGGCGAGCGUGACAAGGCCAUCCAAGACAUGAAGGAGGAGAAAGAUGACCUUGAAAAGACCGUCGAGUCUCUACGUACCGCGCUUCGAUCGCAAGAACAGAGCUCAGACAAGUUCAAAGAAGAAAAUUGGAACCUCGAAGUCACUCUCCAAGAAGUCCGCACCCAGUAUUCAGACUCGCAGUCAACAAUCGUGCGCAUCGAAGGCGAGCACAAGCGGGUUACGAAACAGCUCAACAACACUCGAGAAGCAGCAGACCAGUACAAAAACGAAUUGCAGCGUGUCCAGACUGCAUACGAUGAUAUGAAAGCUAAGCACGAGACAGACGUGGCACAGGCGCGUAAGCAUGCUGCGGGUCUACAGCGCGACAAGUCAGACUUGCAGUCCUCGCUUGAUGUACUGAGGGCGGAGGUAGAGAAAUCGAGCCGUCGCCUCGGUCCACGAUUCGGGAGUCCACUCACGCCUGGUGCAAGCCAGGGUAAAGAGUACUCGACCCCUGCCGCAGAGGAUGAUGAUGUCUUUACCACAGCCAGUACCAACAACAGGCGGAAAAUGGACACUUCGGCUGUGUUCCAGCCUGACGCAUUUGAAGAUCUUGUAGACAUUUCCCCUGACCCGUCACCAUCACGCCCAUUCCAUGCGAGCAACCACCCUAAUAACGAGAUCGAGGCCCUUCAGCAGCGGCUUGCUCACGCCCAGAGGCAGAUCAGCACCCUCAAGGGCAGUUUGCAUCGCGAGAAGGAGAUGCGAAUGGAAUAUAAGCGCAAACUAGAGUCUUCCUCUGGGUAUGUACAUGCUGAAAACGAGCCUCCAGAAGAUGAGACGAAUGACGAUGACGAGACUGAAACUAAACAUCCUCGCCGGCUGACGCCAUACCGUUCUGGUGGUGGCAGAGCCAGAGGCAGGAGAGGCAGAGGGAGGUCUUCUCUUGUUACCAGGCUCGGUAUGGCAGCGCAAAGCCCCAGCACUACAUCUGAUUACAAUGCCUCUCCUCCACCACCCGUACCGCUUCUCCCCGACUUCGCCGAUGAUAUUCUUUCCGACGAGGGUAACGCAGAGGGCGAGCCGGAAGAGCACUACCUUGACCCCUUACCUUCUCCUUCCUCGAAGCGAACAAGCGUUGACGGUAUGGACCCCGUGUUUGCAAAUGUCCUCCGCAAGUCUGCGUCCUACAGCGCGUUCCCAAGCCAAUCUAGCCCCCUUCGCCAUUCCCUGCUGGCUCGCUCCUCCCCUCGCGGUGUUGGGCGUGGUGGAGCUCCAUCAAGACGUGCUCGUGGCGGUGCUGCUUUCCAGGAGGCCAGACCGGCGUCCCUUGUUGGGGAACCUGAGGCUUUAUCUGCAGAGCUCGGCAUUACGUCUGUUACUGAAGAUGUUGAAGUCAAGGUCACCGCUGAAAUGGCGUGUCAGACCGACUUCGAGGACGUGACGGUGCUCGUACCCUCGCCCUCUUCCUCAGCGAAUGACACGGGUGUGCAAGUCGAGCAAGCCCUUGAACCUGUGCCAGCAUCUCCCACCACUUCUGAAAUGUCGUGCCAGACUGACGAGUUCUUUGUGAUGCAUAUGGAAACAGCUGUGCAGCACGAGCCUACUUCUCCUGUUGCAGCCCGCGCAAGCUUCUACCAAAUGCAGCCCCCCGAUCGCGUUUUCGUCGCACGGAGCUCGAUGAGGCGUACGACGCUUACGCAGUCUGAUUUCUCUCGUUCGUCAGAGGGCGACAACACCCUACGCGGCGGCCUCCCCGGUGAAACUAACGGCCGGCGGCCCAUUCCGGGUGGAUUCUCCUCUGAGGAGGAGAGUGACAUCGAUGUUGACUUGGACGACGGAGCGACGGAGACCGGUGUUGAAACAGAUACAGAUGUGGACGAUUACCACGACGCGCGGGGGAGUGUUGCUACAGAGUCACGGGAGGACUUCCACUCUGUGUUGACGAUGACGGACAACGACUUUUCGGAGAGUGAUGAUGAGAGUGUCAGGGCGCUUGGAAACUCAAGGCGGUCGUCACUAUCGUCUACGACACAACAUCGGGAGUUACUCCAUCGUGACACAGCUACCUACGAGGAGAAGGGUGUUGGUAUGGAUGACAUCGAAGAGCCGAAGAUCAUCGAGGUUAUCAAGGAAGUGGAGGUCAUUAGGGAGGUGGAAGUCAUUAAAGAGGUAGAAGUCAUCAAAGAGGUAGAAGUCAUCAAAGAGGUGGAAGUCAUCAAGGAAGUCGAGGUGCCUGUUGAAGUCAUCAGGGAGCCCUCUAAGCCAGAGCUGAAGGAAAUGUCUGUUCAAACGGAUACAUUCACUGCUUCGCCCGUUAUUGCAAGUUGGCAAGACACCUCUGCGUCAUCUGUGACCCCGACUCCCACCCCCGCACCUUCUGUCCCUGCGUCCCCCGCUCUUUUCCGAGUGGGCGCGGCAGUACAACAGUUCCAGUUUGUUCCUGCACCUGCCAUCGCAACGCCCGCUCCUCCUUCCCCCUCUCCUAUCCGUGACUCUAGUCUCAGUACCACAAGCUUCGGCAUCAUUCGCUCUGUUACCUCUAAUACAGAUCAUCGGCAGUCAGUUGAGUCUACAGUCUCUUCUGGUGCCGAUGAUGGAACUCGUCGUUCAAGGACCGCCUCUGUUGUGCCCUCUAUUGUAGACAAGACUCGUCCCCCUAUGAUGGCCUUGCCGCCUCCGCCUCGCCAACCGCCUCCAUCGGGCACUAUGCCACCACCCCCUUUUAUCCCGGAACGGAGAAUAGCUACUACGUCAUCGACAUCGGACGCGCCGCCACCUCGUCCAUCCUCCCCCCCACCUCCAGAACUCGUACAGCGCGCCACUACACCGACCUUUGGCACAAUGCUCUCUGUGCAUGGCAGGGGGAGUGCUUACGGUCCAAGGCAGCAUGGCUCGAGCAUGCCCCCGCCCCAAUCAAAUUUACGGCAGCCGCCAUCCACAAGCAGCUUUCGGUCUGCUGCCAAUGCUGCGGCGUAUGCACAAAACUCAGUUCCACCGUCCGGCUUACCAUCAUGGGGUGUGCGCGAGCAACAGAGGAGUCAGAUGUCGAGCACAUCCCUGGCAUCGGAUAGAAGCGCGCUUUCACCACGGUCGUCCAUGUCUUCCGACCACAAUGUCUUCUUAAACCGCGCACCCGGUGUCAGCGUGCCCAUCAACCCUGGCAAGAAUGUCGAACAGCACAACGAUAACAGACAGAGUAUGUCGACAGACCCUGCUGUCAUCCAUGCGAUUACCCAGACCAUGAUCGGCGAGUUCUUGUACAAAUAUACCCGGCGCACCAUUGGCAAAGGCUAUGGAGAGAAGAGACACAAGCGGUUCUUCUGGGUGCAUCCGUAUACCAAGACUUUGUACUGGAGCUCUGCUGACCCUGGAUCAUCAAAUGUUUCAGAAUCGAGUGCUAAGAGCGCUUAUAUCGAAGGUGUUCGCUCUGUUUUAGAUCCCAAUCCCAUGCCUCCUGGUUUAUACCAGUACAGCGUCGUGAUAUCCACAGCUCAGAGAGAAAUGAAGAUCACUGCUCCUACCAAGGAACGCCAUGACAUUUGGCUCAAUGCUUUGAAAUACCUGCUUGCUCGUCCCAGCCCUCCGAUAACACCCUCAGUCAGUCAGAAUGAAAAUGCGGCUGCCAUGAGUCCCAUGUCUCAAAGCGCAGAGCUCACAGAUGAUGAUCACCGUCAUUUGAUUGAUACGAGUCCCAAAAGUCAACGAAGUGGCCACAGCAGCCAGAACGGUGGCACUUUCAACACCACGCCGCGGGGCAGCCGGAGUAGAUCACAAAUCUCUGUUCGAGGGUCUGUAGGUAAAAGGUCUGGAACGCCAGCCGCGGAAUACCUCCGAUGGGCAGCGCCCGAGAGCCCUUACAGCCCUGCGAAGUCCUUCGAACGAGUAAUGGGUCAUGGCCAUGACGAAGACGACCUUGAGUUUGAACUCCAUGGCCAAUCUCAGUCGGACGACGGGUUCGAAGGCUUGGAAAAUGUGCGCGCCUGUUGCGAUGGACGUCAUACUGUCGGUCACUCUGGUCAUCACCACCACACCCACAAUGGUGACCACCUCCUUGAAGUGGGUGCUCCCGCACGGCCUGUGUCUCCUGCGUGGUCGCUUCGAUCACGAACGGGGAGCACACACUCCCAUGAUGCGGGCGGCUUGUUUUCAUGGGGCCGAGGGGACGAUGGGAAGCUUCGCUUUGGCUCUCGUCGAUCUACAAAGACUGUACCUAACGCUGUUGGUGAUCGGUAG